AUGGCUCUGCUCAUCACAAACCAAGGCCAAUGCGUCUGCUUGGCCUUUUUUCUUGUGCUCAUUUUGGCCUUCUGCUCCUCUCAAGCAUCUUGUAGUCGCCAACUUUAUGGUGAAGACAAAAUCAUGCUCCAGAGGUUUGAGGAGUGGAUGGCUAAACAUGGACGAGUGUAUAAGGAUGCACAGGAGAAGGAGCUGCGCUACGACAUUUUCAAGUCCAGUGUGGAAUUUAUAGAGGCUUUUAACGAGAACAAGGACCAAAGGAAGUACACACUAAGCAUCAAUAAGUUUGCGGAUCGCAAGAAUGAGGAACUUCGAUCAAUGCGUAAUGGAUACAAUGUGAGGCAACAUCUCUCCAAAAAAGCGUCCAACUCCAUGAAAGGAACUCGAAACACUUUUUUCAAAUAUGAAAAUGUAACCGAGGUGCCACCUUCCUGUGAUUGGACUACAAGUGCUGUAACCCCGGUUAAGGACCAAGGAUAUGAUUGUGGGGCAGGGCAGCCCUCAAUCUCAAUGGAAUCGAAUAGACUCAGAGCUGCAGUAUGGGAUCCACCAAAACUUGUGCCUACUUGUUAUUUUCCUAGAGAAGAAGCUGAGGUGUUAUACAGGGAACUAAAGAUUUUCUUGUUGGUUGGCUUCAAUGACUGA